AUGUCUGACAGAAAGCAGGAGGGUCCUGGUGCCAGGGAGCCAGCCUGCAUGCUGUGUCGCCGUGCCGAGGCUGACCCGGACAUGUGCGGUGACAAACUGCAGAAGGGUGGGCUCUGUGCCCACGUGUUCUGCAUGUUCUUCGCCACUCUACUAUUUCAGCAAGAGACGGACCGCAGGGGACUCAUGGACUUUCUCCCUCGAGAUCUCCUAAUUGCAGUGCGGCGGGCGGCACAGAAGCGCUGCUGCGUCUGCGGCCAGAGCGGGGCAACCAUCAUGUGCUGCAUGGAGAACUGUGACAGAUGGUUCCACCUGCCCUGUUCCAAGGAGGGCGGCUGUGUCAAUCUAUACGUUACUCCGUUCAGCUCCUUCUGCCCUGAGCACCGUCCAGAGCAGGAGGUGGAGGCGACUCCUGAGCCGGACACCGUUUGCCCCAUCUGCAUGGAACCUGUGGAGGACAGAAAGACCUUCACAACAUUGGUGUGCCCAACGUGCAAAAAGGCCUGGUUCCACAGGGACUGCAUCCAGGGACAGGCCUUGCGCACUGGUGCUUUCUAUUUCCAGUGCCCCCUGUGCAGAGACAGUGGGGAAUUCCCUGUUGAAAUGUUCAUCUUGGGGAUCCGAGUCCCCUUCAGGUUGCCAACGUGGGAGGACAACGAUGCCUUCGCAGAUCUAGGAGUGAGGCAUGGCCAAUGCAAUGCCAGGGAUUGCCUUUACCCUGGGGGCAGGGAGGAGGCAGAGGAACAGGGGCCCUGGCAAUUGCUCCUGUGCUCCUCCUGUGCUGCUGAGGGCACCCACAGGCGCUGCUCUGGCCUGAGGAACAGCACACAGAGAUGGGAGUGUGACAGCUGUGCUGGGCUCGGAACAUACCUUCAAAGAGCAAACCAGACUGAGGAAAUACCCUGGGACAAAGAGGAUGCGCAGGACUCUGCCCCAGAUGACCAUUUGGGACCUUUGCCUGAGGAUGAUGCAGCUCAGGAGACGAGUUACUUCAAGUUUUCUUUCUUUGGAGGCACAGAGGAGUUGGGCAUUAAAGAAGAGCCUCACGUGCUUGGGACAAUAAAGCCAGUAAAAGCCACAUGGCAAGAGGAUCCACGUUUCCAGGACAGCAGUUCUGAGGGUGACGAUGAGCCUGAGAUGACAGAAAUGGAACAGGACCAAGAAAUGCAAGCUGACGCUGCCAUCCUGGGCUCGGGACCCCGACAGUCUGGGAGCCCCCCGGCAGCUCUGCCCCGGAGCCAGCCCGCUCCUGGCCGCAAACCUGUGUCCUCUGCUGCCAGCACCGCUCGGGGCACCUCCAUGGAUCGGUCCCUGCCGCAGCCCCCGAGACCCCGCCGCUCGUAG